UACUCUCUCUACUGCUGACACAGCUAGGUCAUGUCUCUUUGCUCUGCCUCCCUCUCUAUUCUUUCUCCCUGAUAGUGAAGGCUUUUGUUGAUGUCUGGUUCCUAGUGGUACACUGGGUAACACUUCAGUCAUUGUAGAGAUCUGAUUGUGCUGUGCUUGUUGGACAAUGUCUAUUUGUAACUAUUUCAGGAAUCUUUUGAACUGGACAGCUGAGUCAAUGUAAGGAAAGGAAGAUCCACAGUAACAGAGGACUUUACCCCCAAAAAAGACGGAUCAGUGACUCAAAAAGGCACUACUUCAGAGAGCCUUCGACAAUAACCGAGAGAUCCCAGUACAGGCUAAUACGAUGGGGAACGCCAAGAGCAGUGCUAUUUCCAAGGAGAUCCUGGAGGACCUGAAGCUCAYCACCAAGUUCACGGAGAACGAGUUGUGCCAGUGGUACGAGAACUUCCAGAAGCAGUGUCCCACCGGACGCAUCUCGCCAGAGGAGUUCGAGACGAUCUACGCYCGCUUCUUCCCCGAUAGCGAAGCCAAGACCUACGCUCAGCAUGUGUUCCGUUCAUUCGACACCAACGAGGACGGCACUCUGGACUUCAAGGAAUACAUCAUUGCACUGCACAUGACCUCCAGUGGGAAGACGACGAGGAAGCUGGAGUGGGCCUUCUCACUGUUCGAUGUGGACAAGAACGGAUACAUCACCAAGACAGAAGUGGAAGUCAUCUGCCAG